GGCGUGUGGUAUAAGACAUCGACAGUGCGUCGUCCAUAUACGCGUGAAAGUUUUACGUGCGCUUAUAAAAUAAAUUCUCAAAUAGAUGAUUCUCGUUUAGGCGAAAGUGAUUUUUUGUGAUCGCAUCGACAUAGAACGUUACAUAUAUCAGAUUAUUUAUUAAUUAAUUAAUUAACGUAUUAAUUAUCGUUUUUACGUAUUAUUUCUUUGUGAUUAAUCUUAAUUCGCAGAGAAUAAGCGUGUGCAGAAAAGAAAUACGAACUCUGUGGCUUAAUCACCAAUGCGUAUUGUUAUGAAGCUUUGAAUUAAAUUUGCGUUAGAUUUACUUACUUAAUCUUGGGGAUUAAAGAUCUAGUUUCAAGUACACGAAUAGCAAAAUUUAAGAAAGACGACGUCGACGGUCAUCGGUGACCACGAAAACUGUAAAGUAUAUUAAUUAACUUACAUUUAUAUUAUUUGAAUAAUAUAAUGACAAUAAAAUGAAAGUGAGAUUAUAUUAUAUUAUAACCCGUAAAAGUAGUUUUUAUUCAAUAAAUAAUAUUAAAUCAAUAAAUUCAAAUUAAAUGUUAAAAAAAAAAUGAUUUGCCAAUACGAAAACAUUAUAAAUCAAUAUUUGGCAAAUAAUAUUAGAAAAUAUUUCCACUAAAUGUUCACGACUCAAGUGAAACUCAUGCUGAAUACACAUUGUAUAGUUUGAAUAUUAUUUUUUUAUUUAACAAGAUACGUGAUAUUUAUGUAAUAUUAAUCACAAAUAUGAACGGACCCUUAUUCAAAGUUCAAUAAUCCAACUGAAUGCAAUUAAAUUGAUUAAUAAUACGAUACUAUUACAAAAACAAUUACAAUCGACGUGUUAUUUAUUGUUUGAUGUUGUAUUAUCGAAACUAAGCAUUGGCGGAAAUGUGAUAAAGUUUUUUUUUGUAAUCAAUCCCCAAGAAACGUUUAGCGAAAUUGGACUGUAAUAAGCGCGACAUUAAGUGUAAUUUUCAUUGUCUGAAUUACGAAAUUGUGAGUUAGAAACAGCAUUUUUAAUUAAUAUUAAUGAAGCAUAUUUAGCGGAAUGACACCGAACAAAAGCUGGAUAACCCCGUUUAUGAAGCAAUGUUUCGUUACGGCUGCGGUGGGAAGCAACAUCAUUGGGCACGGCUGCACAAUCGGCUUUCCUGCGAUUCUGCUGCCGCAACUACAGCAGCCUGACUCCUUCAUAAAGUUGAGUUCGGCCGAAGAGUCAUGGCUCGCUGCAGUAUUAGGUAUCACGCAGCUGGUGGGCAGCUUCAUCACUUCGCCCAUCAUGAGUCGGUUUGGGCGGAGAUUCGCUCAUUUCGUAGUCACAAUACCUGUUCUCGUGGGAUGGUUCACGACAAUAUUGGCAACCAACUUUGAGGAGCUGCUUCUAGGUAGAAUACUUCAAGGAUUAUCCAUCGGUAUGCUGUCUCCACUUCGUUCGGUCCUUAUUGGAGAAUACGCUAGUCCCAGGAACCGCGGAGCCUUCCUCACAACAAUAUCAUUGACCCAAGCCUUUGGGAUAUUCUUCGUGCAUCUCAUAGGAUCAAUACUAUCUUGGCAGAAAACUGCGCUAAUUUGCGUAUUCUUCUCUUUUGUCAGUUUAGUUAUGACGAUUUAUUCCCCAGAAUCUCCCAGUUGGUUAGCAUCUAAAAAUCGAUAUGAAGAGAGUCGCGAGGUCUUUCGCUGGCUCCGAGGAAACGAUGAAGAAGAUGAGCUCGAAGAGAUGAUCCAAGCGAGAAUGCUUUACGAAGACGCCGCUAUCAGCCUAAAAGCCAAGAGAAGCGAGAGCCGCUUUCGCGAAAUGAUUACCACGAUUAAAAAGAAAGAGUUUCACAAACCCAUUAUUCUGAUGAUGCAUGCGUAUGUGAUGGUACAAUUCGCCGGUGGUACCACUAUGGCCGCGUACUCCACCAAAAUUAUCAAGCUGAUCCUUGGUCCAGCAGCUAAUGCCAAUUUCUGGAUGAUAGUACUGGACACCCAACGUCUCAUCUCGAAUUCUGUAGCCGUGUUUGUCAUAAACAAACUGAAAAGACGGACAAUGAUGUUCGCGACCGGCGGCCUGUGCGUGUUCAGUCAGAUCGCAAUUUCUGGGUACACUUAUCUCAGAUCGGAGCACGCCUUACCUUACGAUGCGAUGUGGAUACCCGCAUUACUGAUUAAUUUGCAGUUUUUCACUGUAGCGACUGGAAUGUUGCCAUUACCGAACGUAAUCGGCGGAGAGGUAUUCCCUCUGGAAUACAAGAGCAUAGGCGGAACCAUUAGUUUAGCUACGAUGUCAGUAUCGUUCUUUUUGGUCUUAAAAACCUUCCCAGGCCUAGUGGACAGUGUGGGCGUUCAUGGCACUUACACAGUUUACUCACUCAUGCUGUGCUACUGUCUGUUGGUGAUCUGGAUUUUGCUGCCCGAAACAAAAGGGAAAACGCUACAGCAGAUUGAGGACGAGUUUAGAGGUCGCCCGUUGAACAGACAGGAGUUGGAAGAGAAAGAAAUUUUCCAUUCAUGCCCGGUGCUGGCUUACAAAAGGAAAAUGUCUAUGCGCCGAUGCAGUAGUCAUAUCUUGCAUUAAUGCAAGCUAUUUUGAAUGACAAUUUGAAAGUCGUUCACGACAAAAAGAUAUGUUAUCAUCAGAUAUCCGUGGUGCUAAGUCUCACGAAACGGACGAGUGAUUCAAAAUACGACUUCAGAACGAUUUUACCAAACGAGAUUUAUGUGGGUGAAUAAUGGAGAUUUUCAGGUUUUUAUCUAACUUGGCUUUGACUGAUAUUAAAAUGUAUGUAUGUGUGUCGGCAGCUGGUUUCUGAAUGUAUAUAAGAUAUUGUUGUUACGUAUUUUUUUGCGGCAAUAGAUGUAAAAGAUUAGAUUUUAUCCAUUUAGAUUCAAUGAUAGGAUUAUGCAAUGCUUUAUGGAGUGUUCUGUAAUCAAUAUUAUGUUUAUAAUCUUUAUGAUAAAGCAUGACACAGUGGAAUUGAGCCAUUUUUAUUGAUAUCAGAAUUGUUGUUAAUUUUUCUUUGUUCGUGAUUAAAAUCUCGUUUCUUUAAGUUUAUUUGAAGUGAAACUUCUAAUGCGACUUCCAACAAGGUUGCGUUGAACGCUUAAGGCUACCAUGGAAUAGAAAGAGACAGAGCGAGAGUGAAUGCGUGGCACUCGAACGCAUACGCGUAGUAUACCUGUUACAGGCCAGCGCGAGCGUUAGCAAUGAGUAGUGUCCAAUAUUUUAGAGAAGUAUUUAAAAAAAAAUGUACUUAUAUAUUUAUUUUUCUAUCUAUAAUUUAAAAUAUAUAUUUUUAGCAACGGCUUAAUAAUUUGAAUAAAUAAAAAAAAUACAAAAGUGGGUUGGAACGAUCGACACAGAAUAUUAAAUCUAAGACAAGUGAACGCUGCGCGCGCUUCCAGCAAAAGUGAUCCGAGGUGGCGUGAUGUCCCCGCUGGUCGGUCGGUUGCCCCUCCAGAUGACGAGUUGCCCCUCCAGAUGACGUCACGAGUCCACGUGAGUGCUCGUCGUCAAUGGCUCCGCCCAUCGAAUUUGACUUAAGAGGAAGUCGCCUCUAAUACGGCCUCUCCUGACUGGUGGACGUCCACGUUCACCUCGAUGUCAUGACCGUCUUCAAUCUCUGACGAUGCAGGACUCACUGUGUGCACAGCGUUGCUAUCGGGGUGUUCUAUGAUAUCGUCAUAGAAAUAGAUUGUUUGCAUUACAAUCAUGAUUUUGGUACCAUGAACCAUUAGUAAAAGUUAGUAGUUUUUGUGAGCAUUUUACAUCACAUUUCAGUGUGUUCAUGUAUAGUAGGCUCUUGUUGAGUUACGUUAGAUGUACUGACGACACGGCACUGUUACCAUAUCGGGUGUAUAAUAUACUGUGAGAGUAAAGUCUGGUUGACAUGGCCAAGUUAACAUGUCAAGCUAAUACACUCGUAACGUGAACUACGUUACCACGUCACACCUUUACGUGAACUUUGUUACCACGUCAUAACAUAUACGUGAACUAGGUUACCACGGUACAACAUCUACGUGAACUAUGUUACCACGUAAAUCUCUGCGUGAACUAUGUUACCACGUUACAACAUCUACGUGAACUAUGUUACCACGUAAAUCUCUGCGUGAACUAUGUUACCACGUUACAACAUCUACGUGAACUACGUUACCACGUAAAUCUCUGCGUGAACUAUGUUACCACGUUACAACAUCUACGUGAACUAUGUUACCACGUAAAUCUCUGCGUGAACUAUGUUACCACGUUACAACAUCUACGUGAACUAUGUUACCACGUAAAUCUCUGCGUGAACUAUGUUACCACGUUACAACAUCUACGUGAACUAUGUUACCACGUAAAUCUCUGGAAGCAUGCAGUCAACCCCAAGAAUGUUUGACAUUACGCGUCACUGGUGACUCAACUAGUGCCUGAACCCUACGAGGACUCGGCCUAACCUGACCUCCACCAAAAAUUAAAUCAACUCGUGAAUCUGUAGACUAGCGUUCGCGAGUCAACCAGAGGGCCCAUUAUGCCCCGUAUCAUUAUUAAAGUUCCGAGUUUGUCAGUCAGACCUCUGACCAUCUUAAUACAGAGCAACGAUCUCCUGGCGCACUCGACGUAUGAGGCAAAGCAAUCUGAUGCUAAUUGCAUAGCAUUAUAAAGAAUAUUGGCAUACUCUAACUUUCGCGGACACAACGGCUUAAAGUCUUUUACGAAGUUACCCCACGUCCGGUCACUAGACAAUCACACGUGUAACCAAGUACGCUCAUCACUCUUAAAACAGCCCAAAACUCGUGACAAAUACUCAGUGCCUUCCCAGUUAAGGAUCUAGUCCAUUCUACUUCCUUACACAAUGUGUCUAUGUAUUGCACGGCAGGGUAAAACUUAGAAAUAAAGUAACCAUGAGCUCGAUCUGAAUUUACGAAUCUAAUGGAUUCGGUUAACUUCCGUGCUGAUGUGGUAGUUGCCUUUUUAUUGUCACAACGCGUGGUGGAACUAUUUUACAUCUAUUCUCAAACGCGGGUACAAUCGACACGGCGAUGGAACAACACGGCGUCCCGUUUGCUUGAUCACCGACCUGGACAGUCGGACUGUUGUCUAAUUGACGUAUUGAUGGAGUGUGCCGACUAGUAACAUUUUGAACCCUUCGAAUGUUAUUUCCACCCAUUGAAACUGAGCAUUCAGUCUCCAGCAUGUUCUAUCGCGUCAAUAAAAAUAGACCGUAAGGUCGGUUGUGAUAAAGUCGUUGAGCUAGUUACUUGGUGAUUUAUUACAUUUCAUAAGAGGGUAUCCGACAAAAAAAAUCUACUUCGCACCAAGAAUCGAUAUCAUUAACGCUGGGGUCAAAAUUAGAAAUAUAAAAAUGGUUCGACCUUACUUUGGACAGUGCACUUAAUGCUCCGAUGAUCCUGUCUGUAGCGUCGUACGCGCGGGACUCUGACGGCAGCGGUGAUGUGAUUCCCAACGCCACCACGGGUCCGGCGCCACCACCGUCCGCGGUCGAGGGACGUGCGUCUUCUAUCUGCGACCCUAGCGGGCUCGACUCACGCGCAACGUUCACAUUUGAGUUUUAAGCAAUUAAACGCGCCAAUAUUAUUCUCCAAUAUUGGUCUCGGACAUUCGGCGAAUGCGAGCGUCCUCCUACCCUGCUUCCAGUUACACGUAUAUCGGUCAUUACGUUGUUAAUUUAAUGCAAAUUUUAAAAAUAAACUGUACGCCAGGAUAACCCAAAAGCGGAUAGGGCACAAGCCCUAUCCCACUUCUGAUUUUAGCAACGGCUUAAUAAUUUGAAUAAAUAAAAAAAAUACAAAAGUGGGUUGGAACGAUCGACACAGAAUAUUAAAUCUAAGACAAGUGAACGCUGCGCGCGCUUCCAGCAAAAGUGAUCCGAGGUGGCGUGAUGUCCCCGCUGGUCGGUCGGUUGCCCCUCCAGAUGACGAGUUGCCCCUCCAGAUGACGUCACGAGUCCACGUGAGUGCUCGUCGUCAAUGGCUCCGCCCAUCGAAUUUGACUUAAGAGGAAGUCGCCUCUAAUAAUAUAAUAUAAAUGUUGAAGAUUUCGCAUCAUGGGGGAGAAAAGUCCUCGAAUGGAGGCCACGGAUGGGUACCAGGAGCGUGGGGCGUCCUCCAACCAGGUGGACUGACGACUUAGUGCGCACGGCGGGAAGUCGUUGGAUGCGGAAGGCGGAGGACCGCAUUAUGUGGAAGGCAUUGGGGAAGGCCUAUGUCCAGCAGUGGGCAGAUAAAGGCUGAUGAUGAUGAUGAUAUACAGCAUUCCCUAUUACAAGAGCAAACUGAUUUAAGGAUGAAAAAUGAAAAAACCACAAUACUACACAUCGAAAAAGAAGUGUUUUUUAGUUAAAUUACUGAAUGCCGAACUUGAGGAAUUUAUUGGUACAUAUAUAUCGUGUCCGAAAUAAUUCUAUGGAUAUAUUAUGAUGCAAUGCGGUUUGAAACAUCCAGACUGAGCAAGUGUAUCAAAUUUCAUUUGACUCCAUACAGAAGAGGGCCGUUCGGAUUGUCGAUAAUCCCAUUCUCACGGAUCAUUUGAAACUUCUGGGUCUACGGAGGGACUUCGGUUCCCUCUGUAUUUUGUAUCGUAUGUUCCAUGGGGAGUGCUCUGAGGAAUUGUUUGAGAUGAUACCAUCAUCUCGUUUUUACCAUGGCACCGCCCGGCACCGGAGUAGAGUUCAUCCAUACUACCUGGAGCCACUGCGGUCAUCCACAGAGCGUUUCCAGAGAUCUUUUUUGCUACGUACCAUCCGGCUAUGGAAUGAGCUCCCCUCCACGGUGUUUCUCGAGCGCUAUGACAUGUCCUACUUCAAACGAGGUUUGUGGAGAGUAUUAAGCGGUAGGCAGCGGCUUGGCUUUCCUCGGGUAUUGCUGAAGUCCAUGGGCGACGGUAACCACUCACCCUCAGGUGGGCCGUAUGCUUGUCUGCUCACAAGGGCAAUAAAAAAAAUUACUGCCAAAUAAAUCUAAGUAAGGUUUUUGUUCUAGUUUUGAACUCGUCGCCAUCUUAGACUAGAAUGCUCCAUGAGUUUGUAUCAAGCAAAGAGAUUGUGCCGAUGUUUAAAUCUCGCAGGCUGAUAUCACUUUUUCUAAAGAAAUAUGUGCAUAAGACGUGUGUUUCACGAAAGCAGAGCUUCCGCGAUGAAGACGUAUUAUCGUGUAAUAAAUAAACAAACACGCCAAUUGUAUUAUUUUUCUGUAUGUUACUGGUUGUAAGACGUAAUUAAUGUUUAGGACGCUAAUAUAAAAAGCGGCGGGAAUCAUGGCCUCCCUGAUUUUUUUAGCCGCGCAUGCGCGUGAUGUGACCAAAGGUUUCGCCACACCAGUAUGUAGUGGAAGGUACUUAUUUCGACGCGAACACAACCACUGUAGGUACUAUAUACAAUUCAGACUCAGACAUCAUGAUGAUCUCAUUUUGUGAUUGUAAGAAGACGAUAAUCUGGCGAUGGUAUCUUGAGAUCAGCAAUACCAGGCGCACAGACAAACUCAUUUCUCAGAAUUGGUGACGGCGUUCACGUGGCGACGCCGUGGCAAUCAGUUAACAACCGACAAUCCAUUCAAUACCUAAAAAUGAGGGGAUUGAUAUUUAUUGUUUGUGUUUUUAAUCGAAUCGGCAGAAAUAGGCAGAUUAGUUGUACCUACACGUGUGGGCUCACAAGAAACCCUACAUGUAAAUUAAUUAAGUAAUGUUAUUCAAGUUUCUUUGCAACUAUUGUCUUUAAAUUGUUUCUUUUAUUCGUAUAAGCGACCGCUUCUACAGACUAUUAUUAUCUAUAUAUAUAUAUAUAUAUAUAUAUAUAUAUAUAAAUUAAUUGCUGUUCGUUAGUCUCACUAAAACUCGAGAACAACUGCACCGAUUUGGCUAAUUUUGGUCUUGAAUUAUUUGUGGAAGUCCAGAGAAGGUUGAAAAGGUAGAUAAAUAUGAAAAUGCUCAGAAUUAAAUAAAAAUAAUAAUUUUGUUUUUCCUUUGAUGUGUCUCCCGUCGGACGGAUUCCUUUUGUUUGUUUUAAGUUUAUUUUAUACAAAAGUUUAGGUCUUUUAUUUAUCGAUUGAGGCACUACGAAGUCUGCCGGGUCAGCUAGUCUAAAAUAAAUUUAAUGCUAUUAUCGUUGGUUUAAGAUUUUGAAUGUUCCCUGUACUGUUUGUUUGAUGAUUGCACAUGACGUUUUGUUUGAGGAUCAAUUUUAAUUGUAGAACGAAAUUUUGAUAUCGUCUUUGUAUUUACGUAAUCGAAAUUUGAUAAUUGUAUAUUAAAUGUAAUGGAUGUUAUUAAAUUAUUUAUUGAAAAGCAAUUUAAGAUUUUUAUUUCAAUUCGGUAUGUAUAUUAUUAUAUUAUAUAUUUAUAGAUAAUUAAAUUUGACAAUUGAUAUUUGGAUAUUGAAUGAAAUAAAAAACAUAAUUUUUUUUAAUUUUUUUAUUUGAAUUUCUUAGAUAAACGUGUCGUUUCAAAGAACAGCGCCAUGAAAUCGUGUAAUAAAUACACAAUAAAAAUAAAUGCAUUAAUUACACAAAUAUGAUUAUUUACACGAUUACAAAAAAAAAUAAGAUAUAAAAUAAAACAAUAGGAAAUUCAUUUGUCUACUUAAAACUACAUAAAUUAUUCUAUUAUAGCUAAUAAUACUCUUGGUUAAUACCUAUUAUUAAUAAAGGUUCGUGUUUGCACACUUUGUUCUAAUAACUCGAUUCAUAAAAAAGUUUUUUGUUUUUAUAUCACUGUCAUUAUCGUAACCGUUAAAAAAUAGGAACAAAAAAACAUUGCCAUUACCAAAAUCAGUUUUUAACCAUAAAUAAAAUUCAUUACCUUUAAAACACCAAAAUAUAUUCACUAAAAAUAUUUAACAUAAAUAUAAUUAUGUUGUGAGCAUUAUAAAAUUAUUAUAUGACGUAGAAUGUCCGAAAUUCAAUAGGUACAGAUAAAUACAGAAAUCAUUUAUAUGGAUUUUAUAUUUGCGGAUACUACUAGCGUAAAAGAAAGAAAUUAUUUGAAAAUUUCAAUAAGUCUGAACGGUUUUGAAGAAAACCUUUAGAAAAAAAGUUACUAUAAUACCGAAUUAUGAAUCUAAGCUAUUCUCGAAAUCUGUCAACGACUGACAUUGACAUAUUAAAACGUCAAAGCCAAUAUAUUAUCUGUACACAUUGUAGGCUGAGAGACCUAUACAAUUAAAUUGCAUCAUAGCAUAAAAACCGGACGCGAUUUCACGGCGCUGUUACAUCGACACCUAAAACUAUACAAUGAUAAUGGCGAUUUACAUAUUUCCAGCGACACAAGUACAGUUUCUACAAAACAGAAGCGUCAAAAAAGUGUUUAUUUUUUUAUUUCUUCUAUGGAGUUUUCUUUGGCACCGGUAAUGUCCUAUUUUUUCUUAAGCCGACAACAAAGACCGAUUGCCAAUACCAAAGAGCGCUUUAAAACGUAUUUUCAGUAUAGGAAGAUCACUUAGCAAUUAGAAACUCAAUGAAUUCUUAAAAUCAACUAUCAUCGAUUAAUUAAUUACACAUGAAUAGUAAUGUAGUUAUUUUUUUUUAAACUGUGAUCACACAUCACUGGCUAACUUCGAAAUUAUCACAAGUGGCAUUGACAUUUAAGAAGCAUUGGAGCCAACGUUCAAUACGCCAGGAAUACAUUAAAAUAUCAACACAUUAGAAAACAAUAAUUUAAAUGUGGUAUUUGUACAUAUUUAUGUUCCAACAAAUAACAGUUGUUUUUUGAAAUAUGUAAUAUAAUACUCAGUGAAUUAUCUAAAUAAAUAAUUUAAUAAAAAGCA